AUGGAGCGGGCCAUCCACAUCACCAGCCUCGUGCGAAAAUAUGACCCGAAGAGAGUAGGCAUGCUCCUCCGACACCCACCUCUGGUGUGCAUCAUUCGGACACCCAACGCGACAGUCAUACGCAAAGCCCACAUACGACGAGUCUUUACCUAUUUUGGUCCAACAUUCGACAACACCUUGAUCCUGUGUCCACCACCGAGGGAAGCAUUUCCCGAGGAUGACGACGUACGAGUGGCAGUCGCGGCUCGAGGUGCCACCGCGAGCUCCCUCGGAUGGCUCCCGUUACAUCGGCCACCAAGGAAAUCCAAAAAGAAGUGUUGCGCCAUAUGCGUGAGGCCUUUAUUCGGCGCCCUUAGCCUCUGGAAGAUUGUUGAAUUCAUAGCCAAUUACAGGGCCAUGGGGGCAACAAGUUUCUACUUUUAUGACCUAUAUAUGACCUCGGACUUGAAGCUCCUUUUUGCCAGGAUGCAGUCCUUGGGAGUCGACCUGACCUUAGUCACCUUCAAGCUCAUCGUCGACACUACUGUCAUCGACAGAGACGUCCACGCGAACGGCCAAAUGCCGGCUUUGUACGACUGCAUCUUCAGGUCGCUGUCCAAAAUGCAGUACUACAUGCACGUCGACAUAGAUGAGCUGAUGGUUCCGCUCAGGAAUUCCAGCAUCUCGACCAUAGUCUGGAAGAUGGAACGUAAACACAAGCGUUCCAUAGGAACACUAGUGGUACCAAUGAGGUACCAUUGUUCCGAGUACCCCCUAAACUUGAGAUACGCUCAGCACGAGUAUCUGCCCCUCCAGACGAGACUGUUCACCUACCACUCUGCAAGUCUGCGUCGUAUGGGAACGAAGUACAUCGCUCGCUCCAGGACAGUCUGCGAUCCGUGUGUCCAUCAUGUCGAGAGCCACUGCGCAAAAACUACUAGACACGUUCAUAUCCGCAAAAGUGCCAUCAUCAAGCACUACAGACAGUGCUGCGAUUACAGUCGGUCAAGCGAACACGACAAGGUCGCCUCCUUCUACAACGUCACGCGCCUGUAUCCUGACUAUAAGUUCGAGGAGCUUUCGGCGCGUAUUGUAGGCGAUCCAGUAGUGAGGGCCCUCAGGGGUCUUAUAGUUCUGACGCCAUUUUGA